AUGGCACCGUUUUUCCCAGACUUCCGUAAAAUUCGAAAACGCGUAAAGAGAUCGCUGAGCUACGGGUCCAGACAGCCGACUAACUUAAAUUUUCCACUUUCUCAAUUUGUUGUUGAAUAUUUCGACAAAAAAUGUACGUUCGAUUACAUGGAGCCGGAGACUUCGACUUCGAUUUCAAAGAAAGGCUAUGCCGAUCCAUGCACAUUGGUUGUCGCUCUUGUUUAUUUGGACAGAUUACGAGUACAAAACAAACAAUUUUUCGAAUCAACUGAUCCGACUGCUCUGUACGUCCCCGCUCUGAUUCUUGCCUCUAAGUACAUACAUGAUGCUGAUACCUACGAUCGUGUACCAAAUUCGGACUGGGCUGAAUCUUUACAAAUCCCUGCUGAUGAUUUAAACAACAUGGAAUGGGACUUCGUUAAAAACCUUGACUGGAAUGUUUCCGUGAAAUGCGAAGAAUUCGAGAAGUAUUUAUUCUCGUUGGAAUCUUGGAUGGCAGUGUUUCAUAUCAAGAAGAACAAUUCUGUGACCUACAAUGAGUUAUCUAUUUUGUCAUCAACUCUACCGCUUUUGGAUAUUCUGAAAUACUUAUUUGAAGUUAUUAGUGCCGCCUCAAUAUUUUAUUGCUUCUCUUUAAUGAUCAUGUCGACAACGAUCCAGACCUUAUGCACACCAUCUUCUGAAUCUACCGAUAAGAGCAACACAACUACAAUCAUCAUGCCUUCUGUAUCUCUUUCCGAUGAUGGAACUGGUGCUGAAAACGUGAUCGAGGAUAGCUGGUUUAAUAAUCCAAUUUUUGAAAUCUGCGAUGAUGGUGAAGACGAUUUAAUUAAUUCAACAUUCAUGGUUGAAACUCGAACGGCUAAAUCAAUUCAAGAUGCUGUAAUGUUUCGUAUUCCGAGUUUCUCAUCAUCAGAUGGAAGUGACGAGCCGAUUAUUACUGAUAAUCGAUAUUGGUGUAAUGUCACAAAUUUCGCUGAAAUUCUAAUGCCUCCACCGAAACUGUACAAUAAAUCCGACGAUUAUCCAGUUCAUUAUUGUGAUAUGGUCUUUCUUCUUGAUCUUGAUCAGACUCUGACGUCCGAAGAUGAUUAUGGUCAAGUGAUUCAAUUCAUCAGUGGUGCAACGACUACGUGCAUGGAUCGUGGAAUCGGCUACAAAAUAUUUGCCUGGCCGAUGUUUAACAAUUCAAAUUUUACGACCGAAACCGUCUGCUGUGAGCAAUCGAUCUGCUAUCAAAUGUUCGGUUUCAUGAAUUAUCGAAAUUACGUUGGACAAUACGAUACAUUGGAUCCAAUUCAACCGAUUACUUCCAAAUUCAAUUUCUCAUACACGUUGAUAGGCGACCUGAAACGAAUUGGCACACCGCCUGCCGCAUGUUUAUACAACAAUUACAUAAUGAUAACAAAUAGGUUGUUCAAUAUGACCGGUACCCAGGAAAUAACGAAAGAAAUCAGCGAAAUUCUUAGCGUUGGGUGUAUAACGUUUACAGUAAUCACUGUCGGGAACAACCAAAUUAACACCAAAAUGAUGUACGAUGAAUAUAAAGGCAUCACGUAUAACACAUACGUUGUUCCCAGUUUUAACUGUCUUGAUGUACUUGUGUACCAAAAAAAUUGCCCUAUACCGACAACUACAACUCCCGGAACUACUGUUACAACAGCGACAACACCUGCUCCUACCCUUGAUCCUGAAUACGAGGAUUAUUGGCAAGUGAUAUAUCUAUUUGCUAUUUCGAACCGAACAACCAGUGAGCAGUUCGACAGAAUGGUCCGAUAUGUCUCGGAGCCAUUAAGACAGUGUGAAGGACAUGAAAUAAUUGUACGAUUUCUCGCAAGCAAUAAUUCUGAUUCCGGAUGGAUCACAGAUCUUACGACAACUGGCGUUUACAUUCGCGGAUUAGUGGGAAAUGAAUUGUUGAUCGAACAAGAUGGCAAUCAGUUAGUCGGUGAUAGUGUAAAUGCGACACUCGACAUGAUUGUAAGAGCAGUCUCGAUACCAGUGAAUAUCGGCGAAGAAAGUGGAGCAAGAGUUCCAAGAAUUACAUUACUUACCGAUUUUGUUUCACAGAGCUUCGUUGGUCAAUACAAUGAUUUGAUAGUAAAGUUGGAAGUGUACGAUUUUGUCAUAAUUGCCUUUACACAAGAUGCAUAUGAUGGAUAUCGCUCACUGGCUAUCAAGUUAACUCAAGUUAUUAAUGAUGCCGGUUUUGGAGAUUCGAAAUUACUACGAAUGUGCGAAAGUUCAUCAACUGUCACCACAAUUAUGAUAAUAAUUAUUGGAACUUGUGCUGGAGCUUUGCUUAUUCUCGUUCUUCUAACGGUUCUUUACCGACAAAAAUACAUGUGGAUGAGAAAACUUAAGCGAUUCAAAACAUCUCAUAUUGUUCACCACGACGAGAAUGCAAUCAUUGAUUACUGGGAACUUUCGUGGGAUAGAAUAAUUUUGAAAAAUGACAAACUUGGCAACGGAGCGUACGGACAGGUUUUCAAGGGCAAAAUUCGAGGUGUUCCACCAGCCAUUGAGAAAUUUAAUCAAUCUGAAAUUCUUGCUUACACCGACUGCGACUGUGCUGUCAAGAUGCUUCCAAGAGGUGCAUCUGAGACUGCUAAAUCGGAAUUUCGACAUGAAAUUGAGCUGAUGAAAAGCAUCGGAUACAAUGAACAUAUUGUGAAUAUGCUUGGAUGCAUAACAGCUGAUCUUAAGCCUUGCCUAGUAAUGGAGUACUGCGCAAAUCGAGAUCUACUCAAAUAUGUUAGAUAUAAAAAAGCGGAGCUCGAUAUCUCUAGAAGUGUGGACGAUCUAUUCGAUUGUCAUAAAGAAUUUCUAAAUUUGGCUUGGCAAAUCGCUCAAGGAAUGUGUUUCCUCGUUGAGAAGAAAAUUAUUCAUCGCGAUCUCGCCGCUCGGAAUAUUUUGAUUUCCUCAUUUGCUGGAAUGAAAACUGCGAAAGUUGGCGAUUUUGGUUUGGCCAUUUCGAAGAAUUAUAUGGAAAAUAACCAAGUAGCAGCUUCUGAUCAACUUCCUAUAAAGUGGUUAGCUUUGGAAAGUUUGGAAAAAGCCGAAUUCUCUCAUAAAACCGAUGUAUGGUCGUUUGGGAUAGUCAUAUUUGAAAUGUAUUCUCUCGGUGAUGUUCCAUUCGCUGAUGUCGAGCCAACCGAACUUGUUACGUAUCUAAGAAACGGCGGCCGACCGAAAAUUCCGCCAUUAGCAACUGAUAAAGUAGCGGAAAUUAUGAAUAAAUGCUGGGAAGAGAAACCAAUGAAACGUCCUGAUUUCGAUGAGCUCGUUUCAUUUUUCGCCGAUCAACUCGAAAUUUCGGCAGAGAAUUAUGGGUAUUUAGUGCUUCAAAAGACAGAAGAUUAUCGAGUGAUUCCUGAAGUAAUCGAAGAAACGCCACCUGAAAUUAAAAUUGAAACUACCGAUGAAGUGCCCCAAGGAUUCCGAAACCGAUCGCUUACUUGCAAAUCUCGCGAGAAAGGAAGCAAUGUGAAGCUGAACCGCGAGUACAGCUUAACAGAAAGCGAAUCUCGGAAGAAAUCGAAACAUGAAGAAGCUUCAGCGAACAAUGAACAACAAAAGAAACGAAAAUCAUAUUUGAAUCUUCCAAAAGCACAUAACCUCAUUCCUUCUUUGAAUGCAAUCAAUCCAUUUAACAAGGACAAUGAAUUCAAGAAGACAUUCAAAAGGAAAAAGAAUUCCAGAAGAGGUUCCGUGCCAUAUUAA